GCUUGGCCCGCAGUAACAUUUGACGAACGCAUAAAAAUAUUAUAUGUAUUUUGCCAAAACGACAUAUGCCCCGCCCAUUUCUUGACGCGCCAAUGGCAGGCCCGGACGUUUAUUUCGGGUGUGACACGUGUUCGUUUUCGCGCGAAAUCAGUCUGUGUGCGAAGUCUCCGCCGAGAGGGAUCUGUUGAGCUGCAGAGAAGAUCGGAGCAACUUUACGUAAUGGAUAAAGAGUUAUUUCGUAAGCUUGCGUCGAAGAUCGGGAUAACGUCUGUUAAAGUGUUGAGUCAGGCAGAUGAAUACAUGCGAUUAUCCCAGGUGAAAUGUGUGGGGCUGGGUUCCGUUACAGCCACCAGCAAGGCCAUCAUUUGUCUCGAGUUGGCAGCGACUUCAAUGAAGUUUCCUUUAGACAAGGAGUAUGCCGUCAAACUGUCUGGACUGAGUCCUAAAGUUUACUCCAGUAAUCUGAAGGCUGUGGAGUGCAUGCUGGGCCUGCAGUCCAACCUGGGGCUCAGAGAUCUUGCAGUGCAGUAUGGGUGUUUGGAAGCGGUUAAAGUGGCCUCUCAGAUCCUUCAGAGGUAUGAGACCAGUUUGCCUGCUGCUCAGCAACAAGACCUUGACCUCUCAAAGGCUCUCUUUACCACAGCAGCUCUAUAUACAGCGUGCAAGUGCAUGAAACUCAGAACCGACAGGAAAUUAGCCUCUUCAUCUGGAGCAAAGAAGGGCGUAUUUGACCGGCUGUGCGCACAGUUUCAGAAAUUUGGACAGGAGAUCUGCAAUGAGGCUUCAUCUAUAGAGAAACCAGGCAAAAAUGUUCAAAAGAGGCAGAAGACAAUCACUGAAAUGCUAGAAACAGAAGGAGGUGAUGAAAAGCUUUCAACGUCUCCUAAGCGAGAGCGGGUUGAGAGGACUGAGGAGGAAGAGACCCAAAAUUAUGAAGAGUGGAAAAGAAAAAUCCUUGAAAAUGCAUUAAAAGCAAAGCCCGUAGAUUCUUGAACGCUGCGGUUUUGUUUCAAGUUUAUUAAAUUAUGGUUCUGCAUAAUGACGAGACCUUACUUUGAGCUGGAUGUCAUGCUCUAUUACUGAGAGAAGUUGUCUGCCCCCUUCUGGCUUCUUGUGCAAGUUGUUUCACUCACAAAUGGACAUUUGCAAAGGGAUUGAGGCACUUUUUAUUAUCCUUUUGUUCACCAUUUCUUGGCGUGAAUAUGGUUACUAUUUUUAUGACGCUUAAUAUUUUGCAAAGGCUUGCUAAAUUGUUGAGUUCCUUAUUUAGAUCAUGUUCUCGAAAUGCAUGAUUUUGAUCUCGUUUCAUUUAUUUUGUCUGUGUAUAAUCCAUUAUGAUUUGGAUGAUUAUGUCUGGUGAAAGCAUGACUUCUGUGGUAAAACCUCUCCGGAGACGUAUAAUGCAUUCAAGAUCAUCUGCAUGUGUUUUAUUCAUUUGUUUCAAUAGGAAAUGGCUUAUCUGCUUCCAGUUUAGUUUGAUUUUAUGAAUAAAAUGUGUAUUCUUGACAACUUAA